CUUUGUACUGCUGUUUCCUUCACGGAUGGUUUUAAAAGAGCGUCGUGGAGCUCGGUAGUUGACAGUAGUGCUACGGCGUCGGUGACAAUAGUGUUAAAAGAAUAAACAUGUAAAUUUCGACAUGAGGAAACCAUAACGGUUCCAUCGGUCUACGACGUUUUGUGAAGUAUUGACGAAACAUGAGGCAGAAAAUAAGCGACCGCGUUAAUUAAUACACCUUAUUUUAUUCGAUAACCGAAACGGUUGACAUUGUUGGCAAGCCGAGACCCUGCAUACUUACGUGUACUCGCUGAUCUCUCGGGAAACAUGGAUAUAUUUAGCCCUCAUCAAUUCGUCGUGACAACACUAAAAAAUUUAUUACAAUUUCAUCGUAUUAAAGACAUACAAUGGAUGAACCCUCGAGCAUGUACGAACGAAGCAUAUACACCCACUUCUGUAGAACAUAUAGCAAACGUAGCUACCCAUGGAAUUUGGGUAGUACCGUCUGUCGUAGGUAGUUUGCAACUGAUCCAACGUUCUACUACAUGGAGACAAUUUGUAUCAGCUUCCGUGUAUGGUACAUCGCUGAUUCUUGUCUUUACGGUCUCGACAUUUUUUCACAGCGUACAUUAUUGCAACAAUAACAGACAACUUAAAGACACGCUACACCGCUGCGACCGUGCCAUGAUCUAUAUUUUUAUCGCCGCUAGUUAUUUCCCUUGGUUAAAUGUAGAUCAUUUCCCGGACGAUGAAUUAUUAUUCGCGAUGCGUUACGCUGUUUGGAUCAUGGCAAUAUUGGGUAUACUGUAUCAACAAAUCUUCCACGAGCGAUACAAAAUGUUAGAAACACUAUUUUAUCUACUUAUGGGGAUCGGUCCUAGCGUUGCUAUUAUUAACGUUUAUAAUUAUUAUAAUAUUACCGAACUGAAACUGGGAGGACUGUUUUAUGUUCUCGGCUUGGUGUUCUUUAAAUGCGACGGGAGGAUACCGUUCGCCCACGCGAUUUGGCAUCUCUUUGUUGCCGUGGCAGCUGGAUAUCAUUACUAUGCCAUACUGAGCCACGUGUUCCCCGAUAAUUUUGGCUUGCCAGGUAAUUCCAUGACAUCCGACGUGCCAUCGUUACCGAAAUUGUUAAAAUCUCACAUUGACGAGUUAUAAAAGUAAAUUCUCCUCAGUAUUAAUUUUAGACGAUUAUUAGAACUUGUUUAUUACUGCAAAUUGCAUACACGAAAGAAAUUAAAUAUAAUACUGAGUAACUGACAUAACAUUUAGAAAGUAAUGUAUUAAGUACCUGAUACAUAUAUAUAUUACGUAAGUAAAUAUAUUCGCAAACUGUCGAUAUUUAUCAAAAUUUUGCUCGAAGAACAGAUGGCAAAAAAAUUUUGGAUAGACGUUAAAAAGACUAAACUGACACGAUGGUAGACUUGUAUGUAUUUGUACGAGAAAGAUAAAAUGGCUUUUAAUAGGUAUGGAAAUUAGUUUUAGCAAACUGGUAUUUAAGUCUUAAGCGAUGCCUAAUAGUCUUUUAUCUGAGACAAUUUAUAGGACUUAUUUUCUAAGGAUGUUAGAUAGUGUUUUUUAUAGUACGAUCAUCUUUUGUAAGGAUCUCUUUCUACCGUGGACUACAAGAUAUACAUUAUCCAUUUAAUAUAUUUUAUUAAUGGACAAAAUUGACUGUUUUCUCAGUACUGUGCCAAAAUUCAAUUUCUACGACAUACAAGUAAACGUGUUCUAGUAUUAUUUCUUAUUUCUUGUAUACUUUACAAGGUUCUUUACUACAUGACAAAGAAACGUUAUUGCGAUGGACGUUAUUAAUUUAUUGUAAAUUAACAAGACGUUAGGGGACCUCGGUAUUUGAAUACUAAACAAAUUUUUAAUUUAUUGUUUGUCUAUUUCGAAAUUAUAUGCUUGACGGUGAUAUUUGAAAAUAUCUAAUUGUGAAAAUUGUAAUCGAAGUUAGAACAAUGUACGAAGUUACUAACUUUGUACCUAUUGUGUUUUAAUUUAUAGCGAACUAAUGUAAUAUAUGUAUAUAAAUAUAUAUAUGAAAUGAUGUAUAACUAUUAACAUAGCUGAAAGGUAAAUUUGUUAAACAAUCAGUUCAUUCUAAUAUAGUAGCAAGCAAGAUCUCAAUAAAGACUCAAAACCCCGUUUCCAUUUUAGAUAAAUUUUAUUUUUUAAACUACUGCGUUGUUCCUAAUCGAAAAAAAUUGUGUAAUAAUUGAUAUAGCUUUUAAGUAACAAUAAUCUAUAUCGUUUGUAAUAAUGAUGGUAUUCUGUAUAAUAAAAGCCUGUACGAAGGAA